AUGGCACUAACAGAAGAACGUUUGGCAUCUUUCAAUAGAACCGAGAAAUUGCUCAAUGAUGAUUGUUCACUUGCUGAGAACGAUUCCACUAAUGAGGUGAUGCAAAAAGUAGUGGUGCUUCACAGGUGCCAGCCAAAGAAGGUGAUUUUGGGGCCUCGCAAAUGCCGUGAACACGCACACACGAAGUCUGCUCGUCCGAAGUAA